UACUAGUGAGCAGUGUCAGGUUCCGUUUGUUUUGCUUUUAGUCCGCACACGGCACACAGAACACACAAGUCUUCCUCGCCGCCAAUUUCUUCUCCUGUCAUCUAAGAUCUCUCCGCACAAACACUUCGAACGACACCGUUUUAGGCUUCGUCGGAUUCCGAUCUUCCUUUUUUCUUCCUCAAGUCAUGGCCACACUCAAGAGCGUCUGCUUCAGAGGAUCCACCUUUCCCGUUUGCCCCUCCAAUUUCACGAACACUAGAAACACCAGGAGCUCAUGUUGGAGGCCUGCACAAGCAGCUGUGAAGUCCAAUUUCCAUCUCCCAAUGCGCAGUUUUGAGUUAAAAAAUAGGACUUCUCCAGAGGACAUAAAGGCUCUGAGAUUGAUAACUGCCAUUAAAACUCCAUACCUACCUGAUGGUCGUUUUGAUCUUGAAGCAUAUGAUGACUUGGUGAAUAUGCAGAUUGGACAAGGGGCUGAAGGUGUUAUUGUUGGUGGGACAACUGGUGAAGGCCAAUUAAUGAGCUGGGAAGAGCACAUAAUGCUUAUUGCUCAUACAGUCAACUGUUUUGGUGGGAAAAUUAAGGUUAUUGGAAAUACUGGAAGCAACUCCACCAGGGAAGCAAUUCAUGCCACUGAGCAGGGUUUUGCUGUUGGAAUGCAUGCUGCCCUUCACAUAAACCCUUACUAUGGCAAAACCUCCUUGGAUGGUAUGGUUGCUCACUUUCAAAGUGUGCUUUCCAUGGGACCCACAAUAAUCUACAAUGUGCCUGCACGGACCGGUCAAGACAUUCCUCCGCAUGUAAUUCAAACCUUAGCUGAAAGUGUUAACCUGGCUGGUGUCAAGGAGUGUGUGGGAAAUGACCGAAUCAAACAGUAUACAGAUGAUGGAAUUGUUGUGUGGAGUGGGAAUGAUGAUCAAUGUCAUGAUGCUAGAUGGGGUUAUGGGGCUACCGGAGUGGUAUCUGUUGCGAGCAACCUGGUUCCCGGUUUAAUGCGAGAACUCAUGUUUGGCGGUGUAAACCCUACUCUAAAUUCUAAACUCUUGCCUCUGAUUGACUGGCUUUUCCACAUGCCAAACCCCAUUGGUUUGAACACUGCUCUUGCUCAACUUGGGGUCAUCAGACCCGUUUUUAGGCUACCUUUUGUACCUCUCCCUGUGGACAAAAGGAUAGAGUUUGCCAAUUUGGUGAAGGAAAUUGGUCGAGAGCAUUUUGUUGGAAAUAAAGUUGUUGAGGUUCUUGAUGAUGAUGACUUUUUCUUGGUUAGUCGUUAUUAAGCUACAUUGUAAGAUCGUUGUAUCCUUUCUAGGGGUUUGCCAAAUUUAAAAUCCAGAUGAGUCUAUUGUAGUGAACUAGUUAAUGAUCAUUUAGUUUCUUUUUACUGACUACUUUGUAGUUGCAAACUGGUUCAAAUUUAUUCUGAAUUUUAAGUGCUCUGCAUAUUGUAUUGA